AUGCUCGUGCCAAGCCUCUCUGUUGCUCCUGAGGCCCCCGUGAAUGUGGUGGAUCUAGGGUCAUUUGAGAUACGUGCAGGAGUUGCAGGGCUCGACGGUCCGACGUAUGUGCGGCCAUCAUUUAUAGUAGGCGAAUCAUUACCCUCCGGAGGAGCCGCAGAGGCUAUUUCCUCCGACCAGGCUAUAUCUUAUCUGCCUGAUGAGCGGUACCUUUUCAAGCCCAUGCCAAAUCGUGUGGUUUCCCAAAUUAUAGCCAAUGGAUGUGUAACUAGGGAAGAUCAAUUUUCUUCGCUCUGCAAUCUAUUAUUCAAUGGAAGUUCGCGAUGCAAAUCACACGCAUUUCGUGAAUUGGAUCCUGGUUAUCCUAUGGCCCUGUUUCAGCCUCACUUUGUUCAGCCCUUAGAACGAGACCUCAUAGCUUCUUGUCUAUUUGAAACACACAGCAUCCCUGCUUUGUACAUAGGAGACCAGGAGGCUGCGGCUGCAUAUUCUGUCGGUAAAACCACCGCCCUAGUCAUAGAUGUCGGAUAUGGAAAGACUGUUGUCUCGCCAAUAGUAGACGGCCAUUGCAUUCAUUCCAAGAGCUACCGCUCUGACGUGACCGGAAAGCUUCUUCACGAGAUACUGGAGCACGAAAUAUAUGCACAGCUUCGGACACAACAUGGUUCACUGGGUACUGGUCAAGACCUUAACGCACAGGACGCUAUUCGGCCCAAAGAAAGUGUCUCCUUGUUGACCAAUGUCCAGGUAAAGCAGGUGUAUGACGCUACGACGAACACAUACACACGCACACAGCUGCCACCAGAGCUUUGUGGACCAUCAUUCGUUGCCUUUCACAAGCAGCUCCUUCUGUCCGAAAUAGUACAGUUUUGCUUCCAAGCAUCUCACAAACCGAUGGACAUGCAGCUAGACUACCGUGGGAUGCAAAAGGAGCUUCACGAGAAGGGGUCUGUAUCUCACUACCUGUUGCCAGACGGCAAUAAGAUUGACCUGUCCUUUUCAGCCAGUCUUAUACCAGAGGGCCUUUUCAACACAUCCGUGUAUCCUAUCUUCUUCAACACCCGUCUUCUAGAUCCUACCUCAAUUCAAAUGCAUGCUCACAAGGCGAUAGUUUCCCUUCAUGACAGCGUACAGCCAGAACUGGCGUCAAACGUGGUUGUUGUGGGAGGGCUUAGCAAUAUCAAUGGGGUGUUGAACCGCCUAAAGCUAGAACUGGAGUCCGUCAUACCAUCUGUUCUCAAAGUUAAGCUCGUGAACUCGCAGUACAAUAACCUAUCGCGCAGGUUCGCCGUGUGGUAUGGAGGAAACGUGCUCAGCAGCUUGGGGACCUUCCCUUACUUCUGGGCCAGCAAGGCGGAAUACGAAGAGUACGGCAUAAGCAUCCUCGACAGGCGGCGCCUCUGA